AUGUCGAAUGGAUUGGAUACUGUGGCAAGAUGGUCAGUACCUGUCCAAGAACAUAUAUAUAUCAUUGAAUUCGAGCAUGGUACAACAAGUGGUAAAAGAGUCAUACGUGUUGACGGAAAGGAAAUUUUAAGAAGAAAUUGGAUGUUCAAACUUACGGGGAAAGAACUAUUCAGCAUUGGUAAUUUGAAGUGCGCUAUUAAUGUAGAAUCAUUACGAGCAUUCACUUAUCAGUAUACUUUAGAAGUUAAUGGAAAAACAUAUGAAAAAUUUCAUGAAGAAUUGAAGCGGAAGCUAAAAAGUUGGACUACAGUUAUUGCAGGCGAAGACAUUCGAAUUUGCUUCGAUAAAGAAACAAUGGAUGUAUGGGUAAAUGGUCAAAAAAUGAAUACUGCGGGCGAAUUCGUUGAAAAUGGCACAAAAACACAUUUUGAAAUCAGUAAUAAUGUUUGCUUUAUAAAAGCAACAAGUAGUGGUAAUAAGAAGAUUGGAUUUAUCUAUCAACUUUUUAUUAAUAACAGCGAAAUAACUUCUACAGAAGAAUCCACUUGA